AUGUUUCGAAAGCCCCGUAGUCGCAACGUACGUCAACGAAUAAAUCUUCAACACUCGGACGAUGAGGACGGGUCGCCAAUCAAAUCGGCCAAAUUGGAACAAGAGGUGCGCACUGACACUUUCCCCAAGGCGGGUCUGAGUUUUAAUGACUGCGAAGGUCGGUUUAUUUUUGAACCAAUCUUUGCUAAAAAAUGUCAUAUAUACGACUUUUUGAGAGGUCUUAUGUUAUUGUAGAUGGCAAUCGAGAUUAGUGUUAGAAAAAAAAAUUUGUUACUUAAAAAAUUUUUUGGUCGAAAGAAGUUGUUUCCUAAAUUUUUGGGAUCUUUUUUAACUUAAAAUGACAUUCUUAACUUUUGAAAUUCAGAAAAUAAGGCCUCAAAAAAGUUUUGUCAUUUUUUAACUAACAAGCCAAUGUAAAAUGACGACAAGACUUUUGAAAUGCCUUUCGAAUUAAUUUUUUUAAAAAUAUAUUUAACUAAAACGUCUUUGCGGCUCUUUUGUGAGCUAAAACCUCUUUUUCAACAUGUAAAUUUAAUAAAAUUGAUAAUAAAACUUCAAUUUUAGAAGAUGACACAACAGAAUUCGUAGUAAAGAAGGAUAAGGCGGCUAUAAAGACUAAGAAGUCACAUAAAUUGAGAAGAAGAGUAAAAAGCGAGGUGUCGGAGGAUGAAGAAGAUCACCAACUACAUCUAAAAACUGAAAUUCUAGAAGUUGAGGAAGAUAUCAUUGUGGAAAGGGAGGUCAAACCAAGUAAAGUUAAGGUAGGAUAAUGUUUUUUUGAAGUUGGUUUUGGAUUGGAUUUUUUGAUAUUUUGAGAAUUUGUUAUCUAAAUAUAAAGAAUGAUAACAAAUUAUAAUUUUCAGCCUGACCCAACCAGAAUCCCGGACGAAGAAUCGGACCGCUACAAAGAGUUGUCUCAAUCAACUUCAACACAGUACUCAGAUGACACCAAGAACAAAUUCUCUUCAUUAUCCACGAUUCCAGACCAAAAAACGAUUUACGAAGCCAGAAAAAGACGACAAGCUCUAAGAGAGAACCAACAAGACCAGCCAGGACCAUUAAACCUGGACCAACCUUUGAGUUUGGGCAAGGAUUCUGAUGCCAAAUCCAAAUCGAGAUUAGUGAGAGAAGAUGACGAACAUGACAUAAGUGACGACGAAGACAAAGGAAGGUUUAUAUCUUCAUCGAAUUUGUUGAUGAAUGAAGAAGAAACAAGAAGGAAUGAACAGUUGGAAGCACUAAGAAUGGAACAAGGCAGUGAUGAUGAAGAUGCGAAGUCAAACAAGAGCGAGGAUGAGGAGCUACAGAGGUGGGAACAGGAACAGAUCAAAAAGGCCGUCAGUCAGAGGAGGGUAAGUUAUUUGUUUGCUGUGUGGAGUUUUUAGUGGGGGCAGGAGAUUUGAAGGGCGGGGUAAAAAAAAAUUAGGGGGGGGGGAUGGGUGGGUAAAAUUUUUUUUGUGGGGAGAGUUUUAGGCAAAUCAAAAAUUUUUUGGCAUGGAAAAAAUUUUUUGGCAUGGUAAAAAAUUUUUGUGGCAGGGGUGGAUAAAAAAAAUUUUUGUGUAGGGGUGGGUGAAAAAAAAUUUUUUUUGGUUAGGGUUGCGUCAAAAAAUUUUUUUAAACUAUAAUUUCUAGAUAACCGAAAUGAAACACGAGUACGCAGCCAGCCGACGCUACAAUAAUCAACCUGCCACUUUGAGUGAUAUGGGUAUGGUGCUGGAAGACGAGGAUAUGGAAAUUGAUUCUGUUGGCGAAACUCAAAUGCCAGCCUUUUUCAAUACAGAUGGUACGUACAAAGUGAAUCACAGUUAUAGAAGUUUGGCUGGAAUGAUCGAACAUUUGGAAAUUGCGUAGGUUUCACUGUUGUUGUUUAAGUACAGUACACUAUUGCUUAUACUAUUUAAUGUUAUUGUUUAUCUUACUUUACCGUAAUUGUUUUUUGUUUUAUUAUUGAUGAUAAUGCUGAUACUUUUAGUCGCGGCCGUAAAAUUGAAGAUCUCAAAGCGAAACGUGAUCUGUACGAGAACAAUCAACGAAAUCUCAAAACCGACCAAAAUACAGUAUUUCAACUGGCCGAAUCGAAUGGUAAAAUGGAAAUCUACUUCAAAUUGUACCAGGAAAUGAAGUUUUUUACUGAUAAUGUGAUGGACUGUCUCAACGAUAAAAUGACUGAAAUCAACGAAAUCGACCAGUUGAUUAUGGAUCUUCAAAGGACGAGAGCUGAUGAAAUUUCAAGGCGAAGGGCGGCGGCUAGAAGGCGAGAGAAAUACAAUAGGAAUGAGGGAUGGGACAGUGAAGGAGAGGAGGAAUACGUGGCUAAUGCUUAUCAAGAAACUAUGGGUACGUGGAUGUCAUGGUUAAUAUAGUAAUGGGUAGGGUAGGUCAAGAUUAUGCUGAAUAUAGUAAUGGGUAGGGUAACUCAAGAUCAUGGUGAAUAUAGUAAUGGGGAGGGUAGGGCAAGACCAUGGUGAAUAUAGUAAUGGGUAGGGUAGGGCAAGACCAUGGUGAAUAUAGUAAUGGGUAGGGUAACUCAAGAUCAUGGUGAAUAUAGUAAUGGGGAGGGUAGGGCAAGAGCAUGGUGCGUAUAUUAAUAGAUAGGGCAGGUCAAGAUCAUGGUGAAAACAAUAAGGGGUAGGGCAAGAUCAUGGUGAAUAUAGUAAUGGAUACGGUAGGUCAAUAUCAUGGUGAAUAUAUAAUAGUAAUGGGUAGGGCAAGAGCAUGGCGAAUAUAGUAAUGGGUAGGGUAGGUCAAGAUCAUGAUGAAUAUAGUAAUGGGUAGGGUAGGGCAAGAUUAUGGUGAAUAUAGCAAUGAUAAUACAAUUCAUUUUUUCAGCCAAGCUCCUCCAACGUACAGAACUGAUCUUCGCCGACGCCUCCGCCGAGUAUCAUGAUCUCAAUCAAAUUUACAAACGAUUUAUCGACUGGCUAACGACAGAUGGACAAAGCUUUGAAAACGCCUACAUCGACGAAUGCAUACCGAAACUAAUAGGACCGUUGGUACGAAUAGAACUCUUCCAAUAUAACCCGCUUAUGCCAGGAAGCAAGAAGUUGGAAGAGAUGGAAUGGUACAAAGCAGUGCUACGACUAGGUUUCGACAACACUGAAGUUGAUGUAGAUCAUAGGAUGAUCAUUGGAUUGAUUCCUAAUAUUGUGGAGAAAAUUGUGGUUCCUAAGCUGACUAGUAAGUUUUUGGUACUAAUUUGGGGCUUAGGUUGGAGAUUUUGGGUACAGAAUUUUUGUUUGGGCUUAGUUUUGAUGAAAAAGGAGUUUUUAGGCUUAACUUUUAGUAAAAAAGGUAUUUUUAGGCUUAAUCUUUAGUGAAAAAGGCAUUUUUAGGCUUACUUUUUAGUGAAAACAGACAUUUUUAGGCUUAAUUGAGAGUAAAAAAGCAUCUUUAGGCUAUAUUAUAAUCAAUAUUUUACUCUUUUCAGAGCUCAUAACCGACCAAUACGACCCAUUAUCAUACACACAAACCCUUCGAAUAACAACUGAAAUUGACAACCUCACACGAACCUAUUCCACAUUGAAUAACAAGUCCAAAAUCUACAAAAAACUGUUAAAUGCCUUAAGGCAGAAGGCCCAAGAAGCCGUGAAUGAAGAAGGAAGAAUCCCAGAACAUCUACGACAAAUUGUUACUGAAGUCAUUCGGCCGAAACCUCAAGAAUUCGCUGAUCCAAAUGACAUUGCAGCUCUGUUGGCGGCUUCCAAAAGUGUGAUGAAGUAG